CAAUUAAAAGCCCCAUGCAUUCAAGAAAAUCAACACAAAUAGACUCACAAAAUGCCAGGCGAUAGAAACAUAGGUGUGGCUAUGGAUUUCUCAGGUAGCAGCAAAAAUGCUCUUAACUGGGCCAUCGAUAACUUAGCUGGUAAUGGACACACUCUCUAUAUCGUCCAUGUCCAUUCCAAUUCGCUUGAUCACAAACUCAGGCCUAAAUCUGAUUUAAUUCCGUUGGCUGAGUUUAGAGAGCCUCAGAUUUUGAAUAGUUAUGAUUUGAAGAUUGAUAUGGAAGUUCUUGAUAUGCUUGACACCAUUCACAGACAGAAAAAUGUGAUUGUUGUAUUGAAAAUGUACUGGGGAGGAGAUCCAAGAGAGAAGCUUGUAGAAGCAAUUGAAGAUCUGAAGCUUGAUUGUUUGGUUAUGGGUAGUAGAGGACUGGGCAUUGUCCAAAGGAUUUUGUUGGGUAGUGUGAGCACAUAUGUGAUGACUCAGGCUUCUUGCCCUGUCACCAUUGUCAAAGAACGUGAAUCUAAAAAGAUAACAAAGAUCUUUAUGCCGAAGAAGCUGCUGCUCAGAGAGAAAGGGAGAGACAAAGAAUGCUUUCUAUUCCAGGGCUUAUCGCCCCCAAUGAGAUUUAGGACGAGAUGUUGGAUUCUUAGAAAGGAGGUUAUAUUUUUGAUGCAAGAAGCUAAUUCGUGAAUUUUAAACCAGGAGUUGCCAUUGCCAUCUUGAUUCGGGUACCUGGAAGUCAACGGGUUUAAAACAGAUUACAUUAUCGUAGGCGUAACCCGUAAUCUCUAGUAUUGAUGUGUUGUGUAGCUAGUUUGAUUUUCUUUUACAGUGCUGUGUUCUAUAUGUUUGUUGAGGGGGUUUAGUUUUGGUUCUCCCCCUUAUUCCUGAAAUGUACCUUUGAACCUGCUUUAAUAUAUAUGAGUUUUAUUUGACCCUUUA